UUCUACUGCUUUUCAUCUUUGAAAAAGUUAAUCCUGCUGAUGGAGUAAGGAAGUUGUUUGUGUUCCAUUGCUUCCCAUGGCACAUGGUUGUAACUUGUGCAGACAAAGAGCCCCAGUAUGUGAGAGGAAUACAGAAGACCUGCUUAACUGAACUUUCUCUUUACAGCUUUCCAGUCAUUCUCCAGCAACUUGCCAUGUGCACUCUAGGUUAUAAAUACAAGUUAUUGGCACUGACCACUGUGACUCUAAGGACAACAGACAAGGAACGCCCCAACCCCAUUACCCAAUAAGACAUUCUCGUCCCUUGGAUCACACUUGUAGCUAGUCAGUGCUAAAAAGAAAAAAAAACACAACAACAUCCGGAUAAAUAAGAAGGGACUGGUGAAGCUGCUACAUUGACAAUAUUAUAGCAGAGGAGCUAGAAGAUCUCAAAAUGGAGGAAGAGAAAAAACUCAUAUCGCGUCCUAUUUUCCGCCGUGAUGCCAACUGGGAUCCUUUUCCAAACUGGACGCAGUCAAGUCGGAUCUUCUCUCAGGACUUUGGGCUUUCCCCUUUCCUAGAGCCCAGUGAUGUGGACUGGCUGGAGUGGGCCAAGCGAAGGCUAGCGUCUCUUUCUUGGGGGGCAAACACAAAAGAGGGGCUAUUGUCUCCUUUCAGUGGGCAGCACCUUGCGUUGACCCAAAAUGACCUGAAACUGUUGACAGGUGGAGUAUCAGAGGUAAGGGCAGGCCAGGACAGGUGGAAGAUUCAGCUGGAUGUAAAGCAUUUUUUACCAGAAGAAAUCACAGUCACAACCAAGGAUGGCUACAUGCAGAUAUCAGGAAAACAUGAGGAAAAGCAGGACCAGCAUGGAUCAGUUUCAAGGUGCUUCACACGGAAAUAUAAACUGCCACAGGGGGUGGAUCUUCAACAGGCUAGUUCCUCAUUCUCUCCUGAAGGAAUUUUGUCCGUGGAGGCUCCCAUACCAGGGUCCAGCAGCACCAGUGUGUCGUCCACUGAGCUGGUCAUCCCUGUUCAAGUCAGCCAAAUUGCAGACAAGUGACAACAUCAACCACAUGGAAACUGAUGUACAAGUUUUGUUGUAACAUAAGAGCUAUAAUUUUAUAUAGUAGUUUAGUAGGUCAUAGAUAAUUGACAAUGGCUAACCUAUGUUUGCUAAUUAAUUAACAAAAAACAAAAUUAUAUGUUUUCAGUGUUUUGAGUGCAGUUUAUACAAAGCAAACUUGGAGUUUACUCAUUAAAUAAUUCAAAAAUACAGUAUAUAACCCCAUUUCAACGUGCAGUAGACCUAAGAGUCUAGAGUCUAGGCCUAAUGCAUGAGUAAAGAGACUUAAAUGCAGAUUAACAUUCAUUCUAUAAUGAAUAUAACAAUUUCUUUUUAUAAGCAAUA